CACAGACUCUUGCGCGUGCACUCCUUCAUUGUACGAUCUCGGCGAGCUUGCUUCACCUCUGUCAGGCUCGAGCGCUUCCAGCGGCAGCGAGCUAACAAGUCUUUGUGAGGAGCGAGGGAGAGGAAGAGGGGAAGGAGGGGUUGCGGAGCAGGAGAGAAUCAGACGGCGAGGGAGCUGACAGCGCCAGCACAGAAUGAGGGUGCAGCGGGAGCAGGCAUAAGACAGAAACGGAGGCGGCACAAUAGUGCGAGGUGCUGCUGGAAAAGAGAGAAAUAAGGAAGAGCACGCAUCAUGGCAGCGCUCACUGCAUCGUCACGGCACAUGGGAAAUUCUGGCCGCCGCUGCUGAACAUUGCGUGAUGCAGAGGAGAGAGUCAGGAGGACCUCCGGGAAACCAGAAGCAAGAGACGGAAACAGGUGUGACCAGCGGGACCUGCUGCAGGAUGAGCGGGAUCCUGAAGAGAAAGCUUGAAGAGGAACCGUCCUCUUAUUUGUCUCUGCAGGGCUCAGAAGAUGACGAGGUUUCCUGCAGCGACAGCGGCAACAGCAGCGAUAGUCUUAAUAAUUCUGUCCCCUCCGGGAUUCUAGAUCCCUCUAUCCAGAGGCAGUCAAAGCGACUGCGGGGACGUAAUGUGCACUUUGAGAGCGUCACCGUGUACUAUUUCAGCCGGCGCCAGGGCUUCACCAGCGUGCCGACGCAGGGUGGCAGCACCCUGGGGAUGUCGCCUCGUCACAGCGGGGUGAAGCGCUUCACCCUCAGGGAGUUUGCCAUGGAGCAGAAACGGAGCCAUCGGAACAUGCUGAGGGAUCAUCUCAAAGAGGAGAAACUCAACGCCAUCAAACUCAAACUAACCAAGAACGGCACGGUGUCCUCCAUGGAAGCCGAUACACUGACGCUUGACGACAUCUCGGAGGACGACCUGGACGUGGACAACACGGAGGUGGACGACUACUUCUUCCUCCAGCCCCUCACCACCAGGAGGCGGCGCGCGCUCCUCCGUGCCUCUGGGGUCCGCCGCAUCGAUGUGGAGGAGAAGCACGAGCUGCGCGCCCUGAGGAUGUCUAGAGAGGAGUGUGGGUGUCGCUGCCGGGGGAUAUGCGACCCAGAGACCUGUGCUUGCAGCCUGGCCGGCAUUAAGUGCCAGGUAAAUGGAAAUGUGGUGGACCGCAUGUCCUUCCCCUGCGGCUGCACCAAGGACGGCUGCAGCAACAGCGCCGGGCGGCUGGAGUUCAACCCGGUCCGCGUGCGCACCCACUUCCUGCACACCAUCAUGAAGCUGGAGCUGGAGAAGAGCCGCGAGGAGCAGUACCAGCAGACGGAGCAGCAGCUUGUAACCAGUGGCAACGGUUACCACGGCAACACCACCUUGAUCCAGCAGCAGCAGCAGCACAGCCCUCAGUCUCUGAAGAUGAACAAUCCCAUCAUGCAUCUCCAGAGCACGGGUGACUCCGACUCGCAUCUGGACGAGGACGAGGACGAGGAGGAGGAAGAGGAGGACGAAGAUGACGAUGAAGAGGAAGAGGACGAGGCUUACGACGAGGACGGCAGCAGCGUCUGCAGCGGGCUGUCGGACUGCAGCACGCACAGUCUAGAAACUCUCGACCCAGAGGACGCAGAGGAAGACGACGAGGACGAAGAGGAGGAGGAGGACGACGAAGAGGAUGAGGAAGAUGAUGAAGAAGAGGACGAGGAGGAAGACUGGGACUGUUCGUUGCACGGACUGAAUCCUCCCUUGUACUCCGUCCCCCUCCCCUCUGUUCUGAGUUACACCAACAGCCCCCUCGGCCUCAGCGGCCCGUUCCACGGCGGCCCCUCCUUGCAGCCCUACCAACUGGAAGGCUUGGCGAGCGAAACGCCAGCCUUCCUCGGCGACACCCUGAACGCUGCCGCACCCAUGCUCCCCUCGGUCGAAUCCGCGCUGGAGUCCGAAAUGGGAGCCGAGCCGCAGAAGCGUUUCUCCAAGCUCGGUCCUGGCCUCCGCAAAAACCCAGACUGCGCUGACUCACAGGCAGAGCGAGAGACGAUGUGUGGAGACGUCAGCCACACAACGGCCUCAGAGAACGCCUGAUGAGGAAGGACCGACAUAGAUUGUUGGCGUUCUUUAGAAAGGAAGUGAAAACAUGUCCCACCCACUCCCUUACAGAUUUUGUUCAAUUUUUACUUCUUUUUUUUUUUGUCGCACGUACACGCUUCAAAAUCAAACUAAUUAGUAUCAAUCCUGAGUAAAUAUAAAAUGCAGUUCUCAAUGAUGACGUCAUAGAAAGAAACUGUCCCAUGAGUCACUAAUCACUCUUAAACUUCGUUACCAAAAUUACUCCAAAACACAUCGGCACAAGCUGCGUUUCCAUUACAAAGGUUCGCAAAUCUUUGUCUCCAUUUUGCUGAUGUCAAAAAGACAAACUUCACAAACACAUUGGCCGUGUUUUCAUUAAACAAGAAAUUAAAUGAAAACCACAUGUAAAUAAGCUUGUUUACGCAAUACGUCAUGGCAGUGACAACUCCAUGAGGUAAAUGCAUAAUUCAGCUAUGGCGCCAGAUGGGCUGUCUGAAAAAAAACUAACUCAAAUCAUCCUCCUCCUAACACUUCCUGUCAUUUUCUUCAUGGUUUCUGCCAGUAGUAACAUCCGGUUGGUGCUCAAGUGACUCGUGUGAUUAGAAAAAAAGUGUUUCUGCUGCAGUUUUGAAAAAUACAUUUAUUUCCAUACGGCCGAAAAACCACAGCGCAAAAACUUUUUUUCAAAAACAGUUGGGGGGGUUUCCGAAAUUUCCGUUUUUCCAUUAAAUACAUUCUAUUUUUGUAUAUUCAAAUUGCACAAUUUAUAGUUAAUGAAAAUGCAGCUAAUUUAUUCAGGCAGUCACAGAACUUCUGGAUACUGCAGCAGAGACUGGACAUAUGAACAUUUAAUUAUACUCUUUUGUGGUAACAACAAAAAUGACAAUAGAAGAUAUUUAAAAACGUAUUAAAGUAUUUAUUCUGUGAUUAGAUCUUAAGGUUAUGACUUAAUAUCUAACAUACCUAUUAUGAAACAGGCUGCAUUUUGUACUUACUCAGGAUAUCUGAUAUCAAUAUUUCUUGGAUGGUCUAAGACAGGAAUGUCCAAAGUGUGGGCCCGGGGCCAUUUUUGACCCUUGAAGUGAUUUUGUUCGGCCCGUGACAACAACGGUAAAAAUGAUUUACGACACAAAACAAUUGGGAAAAUUGCUUUUUUUCUUUCAAAAAGACAACAGUCGGAAGCCUUAUUACGUUUUGGAUCUUUAAAGUCAUACAAGUUUUGUAAAAACAAACAACCCCCCCAAAAAAAUCUAACUAUAUUUUGCAUUUUAGAUUUAAUGAAUUUUGACACGCUAAAAAUAUCACCUGGUUUGUCAAAGAUUUGGACAUCACUGAUCUAAGACAUGCAAGUUUGACAAAAUUAAAACAAAAAACAAAACCGAUAAAAACGGUAAAGUAGCAAAGCCUUUUUCACAGCUCAGUACCUACAGACGUUUGCCGUAUUGUUGAUAAGUGCACUUUGAGGGACCCAGAAUGCAUUCAUUUCGACCCAGAAUGCACCAGGAGUUGAGUCAGUCUAGGUUGUCCUCAAACCCAUUUAAGAUUGUGUAAUAUGACAAACACGGAGAAUAAAACAAUAACACAGUGGUUAGGUCUGCUACUUUGUAUUUGCACUCUAUAGUUUGCCGUUCGGGCUCCGUUUUCGACGUGUUUGCUGCAUGUUUUCCCGGUUGUGUCGGCAUCUGUGACGAAUCGGAAACCGGAUUUUGAGGUGCUUGUAUUGGUUCGGUAUUUUCUGUUGUGCUACUGUUGCUGCCAAUGUUUGUGCAGUGCUUCUCUGUAUCGCAUGUGUUUGGUUUACUGGAGAUGUUCCUCGGUGUGCGCGUUCUGUACGAUUAAAACAUCUGUUGCGGGUGAAAAACACACCUUUAUUGUAAAGACACACACCAGUCAAUGACCCUGUUGAGAACUUCGCAGUGCUUUGCGAAAGUAUUCGCACAAGUUGAACUUUUUCAUAUUUUGUCUCAGAAAAAGAAUCUAAAGUCUUCACAUCAAGCCACAGUAAAAUACAGUACAUUAAAGUUGUGGUGCAAAGGUGACAAAAUAUGAAAAGGGAUCAUGUUAUAAAUACUUCUGGAAGGUACUAUAUCUUGAACCCAUCAUUAAAGUGUCCUCGUUUUCCAACGA